AUGAUACCUUCCACUGCCUUGCGGCUGGGCCUGGGCGUAUGCUCAGUGCUUCCUCAGCUGGGACUCGUCUCGGCCUCGGCCAUCCGGGCUGAGCUGCCGUCGCUCCUCGACGCAACGCUCGACGAGCUCCGCCAGGGCCUGGACGCGGGCCUCUUCACCAGCGUCGACCUUACAAAGGCCUACAUAGCCAGGAUCAAGGACGUCGCCGACGACCUACACGCCGUCAACGAGAUCAACCCCGAGGCCUUGUCCAUCGCCGCCGACAUGGACGCCGCGCGCGCGGACGGGACCAAGAGCGCCGCGGGCCUGGGACCUCUGCACGGCAUCCCCGUCCUGCUCAAGGACAACAUCGCGACCCUCGACAGGAUGAACACCACGGCCGGGUCGUUUGCUCUCGUCGGCGCGCAGCCCAAGGCGGACAGCACCGUGGCCGCCAAGCUCAGGCACGCCGGGGCCAUCAUCCUCGGCAAGACGAACCUCUCGCAGUGGGCCGGCUUUCGAGCCGUGACGCCAAGAGAAGGAUGGUCAGCCUACGGGGGCCAGACCAAGGGCGCCUACCUUCGCCACCAGAAUCCCCUGGGGUCUUCCUCCGGCAGCGCCGUCUCCGCCUCCAUCGGCCUGGCCUGGGCCGCCCUGGGAACCGAGACGGACGCCUCCCUCAUCCUGCCCGCCAACGCCAACAACGUCGUGGCCAUCAAGCCCUCUGUCGGCCUCACGUCCCGGUACCUGGUCGUCCCCAUCUCGGAGCACCACGACACCGUCGGGCCCCUGGCCAGGACGGUCAAAGACGCGGCCCAUCUGCUGGCCGCCAUUGCCGGCCCCGACAUCAACGACAACUACACCUUCGCCAUCCCCGCCGGCGGAAAGCUGCCCGACUACGUGGCCGCCUGCAGAGAGACCGGCCUACAAGGCAAGAGGCUCGGCCUGCCUCGCGACUGGCUGCCGCCACCGGACAACGACACAUCUCCCAUGCGGGUAUUCGAAGACGCCCUGGAGGUGCUCCGGUCCCAAGGCGCCACCGUCGUCGACACCCAAGUCCCCGUCAGCGAAUCGGUCAGAGACUCCCUCAUGGCCACCCUGGGCGCCGACAUGCUCUCCGGCGUGGCGCGCUACUUCGGCAACCUCAGGACCAACCCCUACAACAUCACCACCCUGAAGCAGCUGCAGGACUUCACGCAGGGCUUCCCACAGGAGGACUGGCCCGCCGUGGACACAGGUCUCUGGCAGGAUGCCAUCGACCAGGACCUCGACAACACGUCCCCCGAGUUCUGGAGCCUCUACGAGGAGUCGGUGCGCCUGGCCGGCCCGCAAGGCCUCCUCGGCGCCUUGAGGAACAACUCCCUCGACGCCAUUGUCGUGCCCACCACCAUGAUGAGCUUCCUGCCAGCCGUUGUCGGCAGUCCCAUCAUCACCGUGCCGCUCGGGAACCUGCCUGCCCACUGGCCCGAGACUGAAGACGAUUCCGGGACGCUCGUCUCCGUUGGGCCCAACCUGCCGUUCGGCAUCGCCUUUGCCGGAGACUUGUUCAGCGAGGAGAAGCUGAUUGAGAUUGCGUAUGCGUUUGAGCAGAAGACAAAGGCUCGGGGCACCGUUAGGCCGCUCGUGAAACCAAAGACGGAUCUGCGGGAUGUGGUUGGGCAAAAGGACUAA